GAGGCGCGCGGGCGGGGACGGAGGCGAGGCUUUCGGCGGAAGUGAGCUCUCCGCCGCUUCGAGUCUGGGAAGAUGCUGCUUCGUGUGUGGCGGUGGCUGUGCUUCGGCCUGGGCAGCCUCCUGGCGGGGCAGGCGGAGGCCCCGAGCCCCGUGGAGCCGCCGGAGCGGAGCAGGCCGUAUGCCGUGCUGCGUGGGCAGAACCUGGUGUUGAUGGGAACCAUUUUCAGCAUCCUGCUGGUGACCGUGAUCCUGCUGGCAUUUUGUGUCUAUAAACCCAUUCGGCGUCGGUGACAGCCGAGCAAACCAGUUCUUCCACGAGUAUUUGAGAAAAGAAUAAAUUGUGUUGCACGUGGGUCAUUGGAGAAGUCGGAAUCAGAACCUUCCUGCUUGGAGAUGACCGUCAGUCUGGACUGUUGUCAAAUGUGAAAUGAUUUAGAAAAAACAACUGGCAGUUAUUUUUUCCUAACACUGUAAUGCAAAUAAUUGGGUCUGCUUCUCAGUGUUUCUUUUUGUACCUGGCUGCACUUACACUUGUUACAAGGAAGACCUGAAGCUCCAGGUUUCCUGUAGAGAUGAGAAGACAGUAACUACGUGAGCAGUGUUAAAACCACACUGGGAAGGACUGAAUGUUUGAAAAUACUCAUUAGAAGUAGACUUAACACGUAGACAUUCCCUUCUUAGAAGAACCGUUUGGUCACAGUGGGGUUAAGAAUCGCAUAUGUUUUUAAUCACACUGAGUUGGCCUGGAAUGCUCCGGUUGCAGAGCAGUGUCAGCUGUGGGGAACUUAGGCCGUCACUCCUCAUGCUGCAUCGACUCUGCACUCAAAUGCCCCCGUUCGGGUCAGGGUCACAUCACGUAGGCCCGUGACCGCACGCACCUUCGGCUGGAAGGUUCUGAGUUAGACUGGAAACGUUACUGGUUGGUCUAUCUGAAAAAGAGCUCCAUCCCACCGAAACACAUUGAUCUCCCUUGGGCUGCACUGAAGUCUUUCUAGGUGGUGGCCUAAAACUUGUGGCAGCUUUGCAGAUUUGGAACCUAAAAGAAACUCAGCAGGAACUCUUUUUAGCCCAGGGUGAGGAGGUUCUCAACCAACAGAAGCGUGUGUUCAUUGUAGGAGGCAAAGUGGCAGGUGGGUGUGUGUUUGCACAGAUUUAAUUUCAACCUCGAAAACGCUGCUAUUUUGCACUGUUAGACUGGAUUUUUUUUCCUACUGAAAUGAUACAAAGUGGUUAUCAGUAUUUAUUUUAAGGGUGCUAAGUUUAAUUUUUUUAUUGAAUUGAAAUGCUUACCUUGUACUUCAGUCACAGCACUGAUUUUUUUUUAAUCUGCACUAAAUGUGAACUAACGUGGGAUACUGUAACUGUUUGACUUAAGGAUUUUGUUUGUAACCCUGACAUUGAGCCAUUGAACGUUCACUGUUGAGCAAAGUGUCAAUUAAAGUAAACCUUAACAUGC